AAAGUCUACACGCAUCGCGUACAGGUGACUGUACAGUGGCUUUAAUUUAGUCGCUGUCCUCACAUAACCACGGUAUAAUUACUCUGCCACGAGCUCGAUUCCGACGUGCGUGCAUGCUCCGGUUAGAUGCGUGCCUGCCUGCCUACCCACUGCUGCAAGGACGACGUAACCACUACCAGUCACCGCUCCCUCCUGGCCUUCUUGAGCGGCCUCAAGGGAUCCAAGUAGCGUUCGCCAGUCACCGUCGCGUCGUCACCACACAACGAGUUACAAGUAGCAGUGACCACCUGAUCCGAAAAGCAACAAGGGGACAAAAUCCAAGCGUCGGAGGGAGCAUGGACAUGAGGAGGCGCCUCUCGCUGGCCCGCGUGCCAGCGGUGGCGACGAUGGUGGUGGUUAUGCUGCUGUCGCUGAGCUCGUCCUUGUGCGUGUCGGCGGCGAGGGCGGAGCAGCAGCGGCACCCGGUGGUGCUGAUCCCGGGCGCGGGCGGCAACCAGCUGGAGGCGCGGCUGACGGAGGACUACAAGCCGUCCAGCCUCGUGUGCCGGGUGUGGCCACUCGUGCGCGGCCGCGGCGGCUGGUUCCGCCUCUGGUUCGACCCCUCCGUGCUGGUCGCGCCGCUCACCAGGUGCUUCGCCGAGCGGAUGACGCUCUCCUACGACGCCGACGCCGACGACUACCGCAACGCGCCCGGCGUCGAGACCAGGGUCUCCGACUUCGGCUCCACCUCCACCCUCCGCUACCUCGACCCCAACCUCAAGCUCCUGACGGGGUACAUGAACACUCUGGCGAGCACGCUGGAGGAGAAGGCCGGCUACGAGGAGGGCCGCGACCUGUUCGGCGCGCCGUACGACUUCCGGUACGGGCUGGCCGGGCCGGGGCACCCGUCGCAGGUGGGCAGCGCGUACCUGCAGCGGCUCAGGCUGCUGGUGGAGUCGGCGUGCGCGGCCAACGGCGGGCGGGCCGCGAUCCUGGUGGCGCACAGCCUGGGCGGCCUGUUCGCGCUGCAGCUGCUGGCGCGCAGCCCGGCGCCGUGGCGCGCGGCGCACGUGCAGCGCCUCGUCACGCUCUCCACGCCGUGGGGCGGGUCGGUGCAGGAGAUGCUCACCUUCGCCUCCGGCAACACGCUCGGGGUGCCCUUCGUCAACCCGUCCCUCAUCCGCGACGAGCAGCGGUCCGCCGAGAGCAACCUGUGGCUGCUGCCGACGCCCAAGGUGUUCGGCAACACCACGCUGGUGGUGUCGCGGAGCCACAACCGGUCCUACUCCGCCAAGAACAUGACGCAGUUCCUCCGGGACAUCGGAUUCGAGCAAGGCGUGGAGCCGUACCGCGCGCGGAUACGACCGCUCGUCGAGGCCCUGCCGGAGCCCGGCGUGCCCCUGACGUGCCUCGUGGGCACCGGCGUCGUCACGGUGGAGAGCCUCGUGUACGGCGACGGCGGCUUCGACGAGGACCCCGAGGAGGUGGUCUACGGCGACGGGGACGGGACGGUGAACCUGGCCAGCCUCGUGGGCCCGAUCAAGGCCUGGUCUGACUCGCCCACGCAGGUCGUCGAGGUGGUGGAGCUGCCCAAGGUGUCGCACUCCGGCAUGCUCAACGACAAGAGCGCGCUGGAGCAGAUCAUCAGGAUCGUCGAUUCUAUAAACUUCAACACCACGAGCUAUCAUCAGUCCUCUUAGAGCAACUCCAACACUACCCUAAACUUCACUUGGCAAAUCUUGGAUUUUGCCAAGUGUAAAGCUCAAAUGCCAAGUGAAAAAAAGAGGCUUCUCCAAAAGUUAGCUAUUUUUGUAGCAAAUUUGGACUAUCUUGUGAUUCCUGAAAAAAAUCAGAGGAACUUUUAUGCAAAAGUUGCAAUCUAUUUAAGGCAUGCGUGCAUGCUGAAUGUGUGGGUCCCACCGCGUAGGCAGGAUGCCAAGCGCUCCCAACGCUCCUAAAUUUGAGCCAGUUGGCCCUCUUUUUGCCAAGCAUCCUAUUUUGCCAAGUGCAUAUAGGGUAGUGUUGGAGGAGCUUUUUCCAUGUUUUGCCAAAAAUUAGGAUUUGCCAAGUGCAUAUAGGGUAGUGUUGGAGUUGCUCUUAGACCUUUGCAUGCACAUGUGUUCUCAAUCCAUAUGUUAUAAAGUGGAUUGGAGUGGAUAUUAGUUUAAGUUCCACUUCAAUCCACUCCAACACGUAUACAUAUGAAAAUUAGAACAAGCCCUUGAAGUUGGUAGACAACUAUCUAUGAUUUUUUUCACUUCA